AUGAGGGUGUUGCUGUACACCCUCGCAAUAGUCGCCAGUGCAUCUGCACAAUUCUUCAUGUCUGGAAAUACUAGAGAAAACUAUAAUGACCAAUUCGGAGUCAAGGAUGCUAUCAGUUCAUGGAGUGAUGCUUUAAGAAAGAUUGCUUUGAGAAAUAAUCCUAAAUUCUACGCUCCAAGCAAUGUCAGGCAGUUCACUAUUGAGCCACCAGCGUUCAAGCCUGAAGAACUGGACUUGAACAAGCUGAAACGUGGAAAGGGAGACACUAUCAUCAGUGAAAAAAUGUUGACGUUACUGCUCCCUCGUGUCAAGGGACAGAAUCCAUUCACCACCACUACAACGACAACUACAGCUAAACCAACUACAACCACGAAACCAACAACGACUACCACCACGACUACCACCACGACAACACAGGCCCCAACUACCACAACCACUACAACUACAAGUACAACGACGACUACAGCACCAAUCACUACAACAGAAGAACUUCCAAAACAGAAACUUGCUGGAAGACUUGUUCAGCCGGAUAUGGAUAGCGGGGAGCCGGAAUCUUCGGAAGAUUGUAUCGAGAAGAAGAAGAAGGAGAAUAAUGUUGACUUCACAACCGACGACAACAAUGUUAGCCAGGAAGCGGAUGCUAAACCAGAUAAGAAAGAUGAGGAGGAGGAAGAGAACAAGGCAAACACAUCUACCACAGCUAAAAUUGAGGAAGAGUCAACUGACUCAACUACAACUGCUACCACAAAGGCAACUUCUAAAGAUACCAAACUGUCUGUUAAGAUUAGAAGUGAAGAUGAAAAGAAAGAAGAGGAUAAACUAUCUGAUGAGGAGAAACCAGAGUACAUGAAGAAAUUAGAAGAGAUUUAUGCUAAGGAGGAAGAACUUGUAGAAAAAGAGUUAGCUGAGAUGUCUGUUGCCGAAAUUUUCAACAAUGAGACUUCUACUACAAUAACAACCAAAAAAAUCACAACGACUAAAGCUACCACGAUCACCACGAAGAAACCAACCACUACAGAGGAACCAACCACAACCACAGAGGAACCAACCACGACCACAGAAGCAACAACUACAACUACAGAAUCUCCAACAACUACCACAACAGAACCAACUACUACAACUACAGAGUCUACCACCACAACCACAACGGAGCCAACUACUACUACCACUACAGUUGACCCAUUAGCAGAAAAUGAGGCUCUUGCUGAACAAGCCGUUGAAGUACUCAAAUCAUUGGAUGACGAGGAGAAAGCAGACGAAGAGAAAAAUGUCGAAGUGCAAAAGCGAAAGGACGAGAGAAACGCGGCAAGAAGAAGAAUUAACAACUUCCUGAAGAUGAUGCAAAAAGCCAGAGAAAACAAGAAUAAGCCACACAAAGAGACUACCACAGAGGAACCGAAGACUACAGCGGCCGAGACAACUACAGAGGAGAAGAAUACUACUGAACUUGUUACCAGUGAAAGCACUACUAUUGAAACAAGCACUACUACAACAGAGCCAACUACAACCACUACAACAACUACCAAGAAGCCAUCAAAUAUACCAGAAGCUGAGGAGGAGGUAGAAGAGGAAACUGAAGAACCUGCUGCUUCAACGACUGGAGAAGAGGCUACCACUACCGAAAUCCCAGACUAUAUAAAACAAAGAAAUGCGUUGGUUGGAAUAAAAACUCUCUCACCUGCUGAAUUGGAAGCUGCUAUCAACGCCAAACCCAUCACGUCAUCUGAAAAUACUGGAACAACUUCUGAUUCUAGUUUUGUUACUGGUGCUCCCUCUGCUGCAUCUGCUGCUGCCGCAGUUGCCGCUGUUCCAGAACCAGUUGCGCCACCACAGAUUGCACUUCCACAACUGACAGCUCCACAACUUUCUCAACUCAUGAGGCCUGUCGCUGGAAUCAUGGAAGAUAUAAGACCAAUCUUAGGAUCUAUUCUUCAAGGAUCAUCAUCAGCUUCUAGAGCCAGAGCUGCAUCCGUCAGAACCUAUGAAAGAGCUCAAAACCCAAAUAUCAGAGAUAUUAUGGCAGAUGGGUACUCUGAAAACUCGUUGGUAGGAUUUGGAUCACAAUUAGCUAGAGAAAUUUUGAAUCCAGGAAUACUGAAGAGAGACAAAGCGACAAGGGAAAGAGCAAUGGCAGCUAAGCUCGAGGAGGCAAAAAUAAGAAACAACGCUGCUGCUGAAGCAAUGGCGACUGGAGCUCCAUUAGACUUGACGUCAUACCAGAAUUAUGCUCAACAACAAAGACCUGCUGCUUCUAAUGGAAACCUUCCUUACUUCAUUCCACCACCGAGAGGAUACGUCGGACCACUUCCACCAGUUCCACCUCCACCAACAUUCAGAGUUGCUCCACAACCAGCUGCCCCAGUACCACUUCCAGUAGUCGAGACUCCAAGGCCUGCUCCAACACAACCACCAACCCCUAUUCCAGUCGUAACAACAAAAAGGACUCCAAAAACCAAAGACGAGGGAUAUGAACAAGGGCGUGAUGACGUGAAAACUACUUUCCACGGAGAUUCCGGAGUGAUGAUGGGUGGUGGGCACAGUGCUCCAUCUUCUGAUUUCUUGAACAUGCCAAGUGGUGAAACCUUUGGAUUAGCCCCAGCACCUGGCCCAGCUGCUGCUCCGGCACCUCCACCAGCACCAGCACCAGCUGCUGCUUCUCCAGUAGCUCCACCGAAACCAGCAGCUCCGCAACCAUUCGGUGGUGGAGGCUUCGGAGGAGGUGGCGGAGGAUUCGGAGGAGGCCGUGGAGGAGGUUUUGGGGGUGGAUCAGGUCCAUCAGUACCGUUUGAUGAAGUAGAGAAAAACUCAAACCCUGGUUUCAGCUUCUUUUCAUCGAGUAGAAAGAGGUUAUAA